ACAAAGUAGGCGAUAGUCUUUAAACAAGCGCCAACUACGACUAGCUGACAUACAUCAAAUAUAUAGUGAAUGGCUAAGAACGAGCUCUGAAAGUUUAAUAAUUCAUUAAGCUGCAAGUCAAAAUUUUACACACACGCAAGAUGGUUCUGUCUUUUGUCUUUUUUUCCACGCUUUGCUUGCUGCUGAUCAGCUUCCUACGCUACAAGUUUCAAUAUUGGAAGAAGCUUGGAGUGCCAGAGCCAACAACUUACUACCUUGGAAACUUCCGUCUCAUAAAAUCCAUGCAUAAAACGGAAUUAUUACGCGAAUACUAUCAAAAGUUUCGCGGUAAAGCAAAAUUAAUCGGCACAUACGUUUUCACCAAACCCAUAAUCAUUGUGUUGGACUUAGAUUUGGUAAAAACCAUACUAAUCAAAGAUUUUAACAAAUUUACGGAUCGAUUUCAACGACGUAAGACCGAUAAGCACGUGUUCGACAUUCUUAAUGAGACGCUCUUUCGCGUGAAUGGCGACAGCUGGCGUCCACUGCGUACGAAACUUUCACCGACCUUUACAUCGGCGAAAAUGAAGUUUAUGUUUCCGACGCUGGUGAACGUGGCGCAUCAAAUGGAAGAGGCUAUCAACGCGCACUUAGCUAAGACGCCGAGCGGUGACAUAGACACACACGAUUGGAUGGGGCGCUUUACGACUGAUGUGAUUGGUCAUUGUGCCUUCGGUGUUGAGUGUAAUAGUUUGAAGGAUCCAAAUGUAAUAUUUCGUCGCAUAGGGCAUCGCAUUUUUUAUCCAAAAUAUUUAUCCAUACGACUGCGUACUUUUAUGAUUUCGUAUCCCGUCAUCUUCAAAUAUCUGAAAUUUUUCAAUUUCAAUGAAUAUGUUGGAGGUCUAGAAGAAUUCGUAUUGAAGCUGGUGCGUGAUACAUUGCGUUUGCGCGAAGAACAAAACGUACAGCGUAAUGACUUCAUUGAUUUGUUAAUUGAGAUGAAAAAUUCCAAAGAUAUGAAAGGUGUGCCCCCAAUGGGUAUUGAAGAAAUGGCUUCACAAGUAUUUGUAUUUUUUGCUGCGGGCUUUGAGACCAGCUCUAGUAACUUGAGUUAUGGGCUAUUUGAAUUGGCGAAGAAUCCCCACGUGCAGGAGAAGUUGAGAGCGGAAAUUAAAAGCGUUCUUGAGAAACAUAAUGGCGAAUUGACCUAUGAGUCUAUGUUUGAGAUGACAUAUUUGGAUCAAGUUAUAACAGAAACACUUCGCAAAAGUCCAGCAUUCGCCGCUAUCACUCGUGUCUCCAAUGAGGACUACAAAGUGCCCGAUACUAACAUUACACUCGAGAAGGGUACACAUAUCUAUAUACCGGCGAUAGCAAUACAUUAUGAUCCGGAUAUCUAUGAUAAUCCCGAAGAAUUUCGCCCGGAGCGCUUCCACCCUGAAGAAAUACAAAAGCGUCAUCCACAAGCCUUUCUCGGUUUCGGUGAUGGACCUCGAAAUUGUAUUGGCCUCCGCUUUGCUCGUAUGCAAGUGCGCAUCGGGCUAAUAACUUUGCUCAAAUCUUAUCGCUUUAGCGUAUCGGAGAAGACACCACCACAAUUAGAGAUUUCGAAAACUUGUUCAGUACUUGUGCCAGGUCGGAAGAUUUGGUUGAAGGCAGAAAAACUGUGAAGUUCAAAAAUGUAUUGUUUUUUUGUUGUGUGAAAAUAUCAAAAAGGCAGAGAGAAAAUGAUCUUCAAAAAAAGUAUGUUCCUACUUUUUAAAAAUUUAGCUAGAAUUUGUAGUAAAUAAAAUAGUGCAUUAAUAAUGAAAGCAUGUAUUGUAUAACA